UGACGCCAUGGAUGGUGCUAAAGAAAACAUAAAGCGCAAUCUUGGAGAUAAACAUGGUGAAUAUUGGGCUUUGGUUGACAGAAUAUGGGAUGUUUAUUUGCAUUCCCCACUCCAUGCUGCUGGUCAUAUGCUAAACCCAAGGAUAUUUUACUCGGACCGAUUCCGUCAUGAUACUGAGAUCAGCAGCGGCAUCACAACCUGUAUAAUCCAACUGGGACAGGUUCAUUACAAUCCCAGAAAAGCGGCUGCACAAUUGGAAGUGUACCAACAAAGGUUGGGUGCUUUCGAUUCAGAUCCUGCAAAUCAGCAAGUAAUGGGAAUACCACAAGUUGAAUGGUGGUCGACCCAUGGGGCUCGCACGCCGGAUCUGCAAACCGUGGCGAAACGGAUCUUGAGCCAGACGUGCUUCGGCGCUACCAGGUACAACAUCGACUGGAGCUUAUCUGAGAAGCUGCAUGUUGGGCGGUGGAACAGAACAUUAGCUGAACAUAAGAGGUUCUGCCAAAUGGAGUACGUCCACUACAACCUCGUGCUCGCCCGUGCCACCCCUCAGGUUCAUGGUCCUUCCGUGGUUCAGCAUGGUAGGCUGACCAUGGUGCUGGAUGACUGGAUUGCAGCACCGAAAUAGGCUGCUGAUCGCCACUGAGGGGGCGUUCAGACUGGAGCAAUGCUUUCGCCUCCUCCAUUUUGUUGUGUGUGCUACUGCAGCAAGUGGUAGGUCUUAGCGUUACUGCAUG